AUCAAAAUGUUAAGAUAUAUUUAUUUGCUGUGUUGCAUUUAUUUCGAGAUAGUUUAUUGCUAUAACUCCAUCCACGGUACAGAGCACAGGAGAUUGAGGAGAAGACACGAGUAUGUGGGCUACAGGGGUCUCAAGACCACGUCAAACAGCCCUUACGAGAAUUUAGAUAUGAUAAACUUUAUGAAACCUGAAGCUGCACUCUAUGAUUCUUAUAACUACGAGAAACCACAACAAGUAAGCAUCGAGGAGCUCCCGCUGCCGCGCCUGCGCCGCUCGCGCCACGAGCCCGCCGACGAGCAGAGCGCGCAGGCGCACCGCUGGCAGCACGGCCCGCAGCUCGCACACCAUCCCAAGAGAAACUCCUUCGCCGUGUUCCCUUUUUUUUCCCAUAAGAACAAGACUAAACCCAAAAUUAAGCACGACAAGCGAAAAUCCUUCAGAUUCUUAAAAACCAAAAAUCACCCAUACAACUCCCUCUUCAUGGCUGACAAACAGGAACCGAACAAAAACCAUAUACCAGAGAAGAUUGAAGUAGCAACCAUAAAAGAUAUCGCACAGAAUUGCAAACAGAAAAAAUCAGCGAAAAUCAUACACAACAGCAGACUAUACUUCGCUAAUCCUAAUGGAAUGAAUGAUGAAGGUAAUUUAUAGGAACUGAGAAGCAAGUAAGUAACGAGAAAGUUAAUUACGAAAGAGAUUUAAAAGAGCUCAAAGAGGAUAGGAUA